AUGGGUGCCGACAUCAAUGUUGACGUUCUCGUCAUUGGCAUGGGACCUACUGGUCUCGGUGCCGCCAAGCGUCUGAAUCAAAUCAACGGCCCUUCAUGGCUCAUCAUUGACUCCGCUGAGAAGGCUGGUGGUCUUGCUGGCACUGAUGUUACCGAUGAGGGCUUCCUUUACGACGUCGGCGGCCACGUUAUCUUCUCCCACUACAAGUACUUUGACGACUGCCUUGACGAGGCCUUGCCCAAGGAUGACGACUGGUUCACGCACGAGCGUGUGUCAUACGUUCGUUACAAGGGCCUCUGGGUUCCCUACCCCUUCCAGAACAACAUCUCCAUGCUCCCCAAGGAGGAUCAGGUCAAGUGCAUGGAUGGUCUCGUCGAUGCUUCCUUGACCGCACGUGUCGCCAACACCAAGCCCAAGGACUUCGAUGAGUGGAUGAUGCGCAUGAUGGGUGAGGGCAUCUGCGACAUCUUCAUGCGCCCCUACAACUUCAAGGUCUGGGCUGUCCCCACCACCAAGAUGCAAGCUGCUUGGUUGGGCGAGCGCGUUGCCGCUCCCGAUGUCAAGUCUGUCAUGAAGAACGUCAUCCUGAACAAGACCGCCGGCAACUGGGGCCCCAAUGCCACUUUCCGCUUCCCUGCCCGCGACGGUACUGGUGGAAUUUGGACUGCUGUCGCCGACACCAUCCCUCAGGAGAAGAAGCGCUUCAACAAGCAGGGCGAGGUCACAAAGGUUGAUGCGGAGGGCAAGACCGUCACUCUUGCCGACGGCACCACCAUCGGUUACGGCAAGCUCGUGAACACCAUGGCCGUCGACCACCUCGUCGAGAAGAUGGGUAACCAAGAGCUUGUGAAGCUCUCAAAGGGCCUCUUCUACUCGUCGACUCACGUCAUUGGUGUUGGCAUCCGUGGCGAGCGUCCCGAGCGCAUUGGCGACAAGUGCUGGUUGUACUUCCCCGAGGAUAACUGCAACUUCUACCGCGCCACCAUCUUCUCCAACUACUCCCCCUACAACCAGCCUCAGAAGGAUGCCAAGCUUCCCACUCUUCAAAAGGCUGACGGCAGCAAGCCCAAGUCUACUGAGGCCCAGGAGGGUCCUUACUGGUCCAUCAUGCUCGAGGUCUCCCAGUCUUCCAUGAAGCCUGUCGACGAGGAGAAUAUCCUCCGCGACAGCAUCCAGGGCCUCGUCAACACCGAGCUCCUCAAGCCCGAUGAUGAGAUCGUGUCCACUUACCACCGCAAGUUCGACCACGGUUACCCUACCCCGUCGCUCGAGCGUGAGGGUGUCCUUAAGGAGCUCCUCCCCAAGCUCCAGGACAUGGGCAUCUACUCGCGUGGCCGCUUUGGCAGCUGGAGGUACGAGGUCGGCAAUCAGGACCACUCGUUCAUGCUCGGCGUGGAGGCUGUCGAUGCCAUUGUGCAGGGUGGAGUCGAGCUGACUCUCAACUACCCUGACUUUGUCAACACCCGCAAGAACACCGAGAGGCGGUUGACCCAGGACUUCACAUACGGUGGCAAGACCAUGCCUGUUCGCCCCAAGGCGUAG